AUGAGACAAUUGAUAUUACUAUUAUUUUUCGUUGGAGUCGCGUGCUCUCAACUAGCUGACACCAACACCGCCAAUGCCGGGCCACCGGAACAAUUGUCAGAUGUCAGCCUCUCUGAUUACAUGAAUUCGAUCAAGGCUAUCGAGGACACCGCUUUUGAGCAAAUCAAGAAUGUCCACGAGCAAGCCGAAGCAGCCAAAGAGGAACUCUACGCAUCGUGGGGUGCCCGAAUCAAGCAAAUCAUGAAAGACAAGAUGAUUAAAGAUGCGGAAAAAGCUCUCCAAUUGGAGAUGCUCAAACAACAAAUGAUCGACAAUUACAAAGCUGAGACCGAGAAAGUCUUUCAGCAAGCUGUUGCCGCCGCUCAAGAGUACAAGCAAGCUUACGCGGCUGCAAAAGAGGCUCAGCGACAAAAGGUCAUUGACCGAGUCAACGAGUUCAAGCAACGCGUCAACGAAUCGAUCGAAGCUCAUCGAGCACAAGUCAGAGCAAAUCUCGAGGAAGUCAACGUCUACCUGCAACAAGUUGACGCCCUCUAUGCCAAGCACAAGGCCGAGAACGAGGCCCAAGUCGAGGAGAGACGCCAAGCUCUCAAGGACAAAUUGACCACUCUCUUUGGAGAUCUUCAGACUCGAAAGACUGACCUUGAUGCUCAAGAAACACAGCUCAAAGAAAACUUGAAAGCAUUCAUCGAGCAAAAAUACGCGCUCCUGCAAGAUGCAAAUGGUGCGAAAAAAGAGGUGGAGAAAGAAGUGGCCACUGAGUUUUUGGAGAGAGAAUUGGAGAAGAAACUUGAUAAAGAGCUGAAAGAUUUGGUGAAAGAUGAGGUGAAAGCUAAAUUCAAACAUCCGAAAUUGGUGCUGGGUGGUGGAAGUGUCGUUGAGACGGCAACGGUGAUCGCGCCCGCCUAUAAAGCCACUCUUUUGGACACCCUCACCGGUGCCUCGGCCUGGGAAACAGUGGCUUGGGUGCUCUUGGCUUUGUGCAUUCUCCUCUCCGUUGCACUCAUUGCUUUGAUCGCCUAUCAGGUCUCGCAGCGCAACAAGUACGGGAAGCUCGAUGGAAUCGAUAGCCCGCACAGAGCAUCAGUGGUGAUCCGUGGCAAUGAGCGAGCUCCUUUGAACUCAGCGCCUCCACUUCACUAUACUCAGGAGAAAUCCUCUCCACUUGCCGGCCCAUCAGUGACCGCCGCCUUACAAGAUAGACCUGCUCCAUCACCAAUCGCUCUCACUGACAUUCUCGUCGAUGCAUUCACAAUUUGUCAAACUUUUAUCCUUUCGGUUUUCGUUUUCGCAAAAGUUUUCUUCACUCCCUCAUCGCAA